GUGAACAACCACGCGCGACCCAAGCUCCCACGCGACCAAGAUAAGCAAAGCCAGUCCGAGCAGUCACCGGAAGACUUCGCAAUAAACCUCCAAAGCUCCCGAACAGCUUUCUACCGCCAACAUGCCUCAAGCACAGCCGGAACUCAAGAAGUACCUCGAGAAGCGCGUUCUCGUCCAGCUCAAUGGCAGUCGCAAGGUCAUGGGUAUCCUCCGAGGAUACGAUGUCUACCUGAACAUUGUCCUCGACGAUGCGCUUGAGGAGGUAGCCGGCGGUGAAAAGGUGCGCAUCGGCAUGGUAGUUAUCCGUGGAAACGCCGUGGUCAUGCUCGAAGCGCUUGACCGUAUCAACCAAGAUGUACCCAAGAUCGGACGAUAAAGAAGCCGUAUGCGAUCCCGACGAUUACCAAAAUACCAGCGGUAUUAUCGAAUAGGCGCAUAAGACGAGGCAGACUGGCUGAUUAUGGAUAUUACAAGGCGCAUUGGCGUUUGAGGCGCGAUCAUUCACGGGACCACAUUGUACCCAAAUACCAGCUUGGACGCACUUCGUGGGACAUUGGCGGGCUUGUAUUGCAGAAUAAGUCUCCCGAAAAAACGCAAAAGCUUGGGCUACUGCUGCCACCAACAUCAGAGAAUCUACAGUCCACCGUUACGGCUCCCAAAACUAUUCAUGGACUGGUCGCAGUACACUUGAAGUUUGAUUGCUGACGAUUCUCAUAUCAAUGAUAACAUAGCUACGACUAUAACUUUGCCUUUUCGUGAUUGCUCAUAUACUCCUGCACCAGACUCCACGCGAUUUCCGCAAACGGUGCCAUCUGCUGUGCAUACUCGUGGGCCUGGGCACUGCUCGCCUGCCUGAGAGCAUAGCGAGCCGCGAUUCCCUGCAUGAUGACCGCACCCCUAUACGUACUAAAUGCAUCACCCCAGGUCAAAUCUGGUCGCGGGUCCCAGCCCGCUACCUCUGAAUACCACGCUACCAGCUGUUCGCGUGACGGUAGCCCAGGUGUCGCACCAGGCUGGAAACCCUUGUGUGCGCGUCCGAUAGUCAUGGCAGUCUCACUAGACGCCGUCACGUAGGGCUGCAAGACAUUGUUCAGGUCAGAAAGUGGGUGGCCGAUGGUGCUCAUUUCCCAAUCUAGGAUUCCGAUUACACGGGGUUCAGUCUUGUGGAAUACGACGUUGUCGAUCUUGUAAUCGCCGUGGACGAAUGUCGCGCGGUCUUUUGGCUGGGUCUUGGGGUCGCUGAAGAAAGCUACCAUGUCGUCUUGAUGUGGGAUCUUGCCGACUGGCAUUCCUGUCUCCUUGUCCUUUGCUGCAGCCUGCGACUGGGAGAUUGUGUUGAAGGUAGCGAUU